AGACGCAACGCUGAGAGUACGAGAUAACGGUCCACAACGCGGCAGGAAUUAAACUAUAACGGAGUUCGGUUUGCUUCAAUAGAUUAAACAGACAUUGAGAAUCAAGGAGAUUUCAACAAUUUAAAGAUUAGAUUUUCCACUGUUCAUGUAUUUUGUCUAUUUUUCAUCAACUCCCAUUUUAGUAUCGUUUAUUAUCAAACGUCAUCUCAUCGGAAUACCAUGACGAGCUCGGCGGUUCAACUUCCCGGUUAUGCUCUUGCUUUGAUCGGUCUUGUUGGCUCAAUGAUUGCCACCACUAUGGUGGAGUGGAAAAGGCACUCUUACACAGAGAGCACGGUAACAUCAAAGGAAACUUACCUGGGGUUAUGGAUGUCAUGCACAGUCGACGUCACAAGACACACGAUGUGCGUCAAUUACAAGUCACUCUUUCACCUGCCAGCGGAGAUUCUGACCACCCGAGUGGUGAUGAUCCUCAGUGUCAUGUUGUCAGCCGUUGGGGUGCUGGUAGCCACGCUGGGGAUGAGAUGCACCCGAUGCCUGGAGGAGGAUGAAAAGCAGAAGGACAGAGUAGCCAUUGUUGGAGGAUUCCUCUUCGUCAUCGCAGGUGUUCUGGCCAUAUCGGUAACCUCCUGGUUUGCCAACGCCAUCAUCCGGUCCUUUGAAUUCUCAGACUCACCUACUUCCUUACAUAACAGGUUUGAGUUUGGCAACGCUGUGCUGGUGAGCUGGGGUGCAGGUAUCUGCUCUGUGGUGGGCGGAUUUCUCCUGGGCUGCGGGUAUCUGUGGAGUUGUCCCCAGGGCUCACGCUCAGUCUCAUCCUUCACCCAACCCAAAGUAAUCCCUGGCACCCGGCCUGGCACCCACUAUGUUUAAGGGGCCUCACUAUGCCUAGAGGAAGCCCUAGGAAGCUCAAUUCGUUGAGGCUUAAACCAGAGAGCCUACUACUCACACCGAAGGACUACAGUAGAGCAGAAUACGUGUAGUUACUCAAGUACUCUACUGUGUGUGAUUUGCCUACAUUAUGAUUGUGAGAGUUCAUUUGGGAGGUCUGUGUGCUCCAUGAAAGUAUUUUUCUAAUGAAUUGUGUUUGGAUGUGUGAAGAUGGUUGGCUGUGGUCAUGAUGUGUAACACCUGCCAUAUAUCCGUUUUCAACCUCAAAUAAAGUGCCUCCACUAAAGGAAUUUUCAAAUAUC